AUGGUUAUUGAAGCAGUUGAAGCCGGGCCUCUGAAGGUUCUUAUCGUUGGUGCUGGGUUGGGAGGACUUGCCGCUGCCAUAGCAUUGCGUCGGCAAGGACAUGAUGUCCACGUCUUCGAGAAAUCGCGAUUUAUUAGCGAGCUUGGAGCUGCUAUCAAUGUUCCACCCAAUGCCUAUGGUGUACUGCUGCAUUUGGGUGUUGACCCAGCUAAAGACGGUGCCGUGGAGAUGAGAUACAUAACAGAAUACGAUAAGUCCGGGGUUCACAUGAAGGUCACGGACUUUGCCACUCGGAACAAGGGUUGGCAGCAUUCUUGGCUUCUCGCGCACAGAGUCGACCUUCACAGCCAGUUGAAAGAAGCUGCGGGAUGCCACCAGGGGGUAGGAAACCCGGCCAAAAUCCACACUUCCUCGAUGGUCAUCAAUGUGGAUAUGGAGAGCGCCACUAUCACUCUAGAAGAUGGUACUACUGUGAGCGGAGAUGUGGUUAUAGGUGCAGACGGGAUCCACUCGAGAAGCCGCGUUGGUCUCACUGAGGAACGACCUUUCCCUUCCGGAAAGAGUGCUUAUAGAUUCCUCUUGAAAAAGAAGGACGUGUGGCAGAACCCUAAACUCCGCAAUAUUGUCAAGACGGAAGGGAAUCUGGCGUUUUGGUUUGGAACGGAUAGGCGCAUAAUUAUGUAUCCCACGCGGAAGGGCGACGUCUUCAACUUUGUAUGUAUAUAUCCUGACCAAAACCCUGAUCCUGUAAGUGGCGCAUGGGAUGAUUUGGGACAUCAGGUAGAUUUGCUUAAGGCAUUUGAGGGGUUUGACAGCCGAGUCCUGGAGCUUUUGAAGAUGGCUGACCCUGCCACCCUGAAGGUAUGGAGACUAAUGGAUAUGGGCAAAAUAUCGUGCUGGACAAAAGGACAUUUCGCCUUACUAGGGGAUGCCGCGCAUCCAUUCCUACCUCACCAAGGCCAAGGGGGCGCUCAGGCCAUUGAGGAUGCCGUGUGCUUAGGUGUCCUUUUACCCAUAGGUACUAAGCGAUAUGAUGUACCAGCCAGGCUUCAGCUUUAUCAAGAGAUCAGAAAGGAGCGGGCAGAGAAAGUCCAAUCUCUUACCAGGCUUUCAGGAGAAGAUGUUCGGGCUGACUCUAGCAACAACUUGGAGAAAGUCAUGGAGCAUUUUGUUUUCAAUGUGGCACAUGACGAGCAUCACAACUCAGUCCGCUGCCUGCGGCAGUGGAUGCAUAAGCGAAGUCCCGCGCAGUUCUGGCGCAUGCCGGUGUCUUUUGGGCCAUCUCCAGGGCCACGACAAGACUUCUUAGGUCAGCGCCACGAUACCCGAAGCGUUCGCUAUGUCACGACCACUUUCAAAUUCAAAACAUCGCGCACGCUCCUUCAAAAUUUUUUCCCUACUCAAUCCUAUCGCUUCCGGUCAGUUGACACUGUCGCAUAUGCUUCGUUAUCUCACACUGCAUACGAAAACCUGAGUUGGCUUGGAGGAAGAGGCUAUGAUUUUCUAUCCCUAGGUCUACAUGGUGUUCAAUACAUUAAGCAGGAUGGGACAGUCCUCAAUGGCACUUUUCUGCCCGUGGUCUUUGAAAACCUUGCAGAUCCAAUCCUUACCGGGAGGGAAGAGCUUGGGUGGCCCAAAAUCUUUGCAGAGAUUGAUGUUAAACGUACAUCCAACUCAUUCUCCAUGAACGCUAAUUGGCGUGGUGCAAGUUUUGCUACAUUUGAGCUCAGUGGAUUAUAUCCUGUGGAUGACGGGCCCCUCGAAGAUGAGGAGGGCAUUUUCGUUCACAAGUAUAUUCCUGCGACGGGAAUGAAGGGAGUCGCCGAUGCGGAUUACUCUGUCUAUACACCCAAAGCCCUCUUGCAGAUUGGAAAAUGUUUGCGAGCCACCAAAGGCGCUAUCAGUUUUAACUCGUUGGACUGGGAGGCACUGCCAACUAUGCACCAUAUUGUCAAGAGACUAGAGGAGUUGCCAGUCAUUGAAUUCGUCGAGGGAGUUGUUGUGGAAGGUGAGGGCAUCUCCGACCUCCAAGAUACAUUCAGAAUUGAAUGA